ACUACAUGACCUGGUGGUUUGUGGGCCGUGAGGAGCGGUUUAGUUGGCUUUUGCUUUGAACCCACUUGGUCUUCAUGAUUUUGCCAACUAAUAUUCUCUAACUUCCAAAACCUUCACUGGAUGAUUAUAUUUACAUAGAUAUUGAAGUACCCACAAGUGUGUUUCGUUUAUGUGGCUUCUAGAGUCAAUUGGUUGCAUUAUAGUGGGUGUCAGAGUAAAGGAAGCUAAAUAUAUUUUUUUUCUAUUUUUGCAAAGUUAUUUUUUUUUUCUAUCUCUUUACACAUGUCACUCUUUAUUGGUCCAUCAUAAAACCAAAUGUAUAAAAACUAAACUUAUUUUUGUUUCUUUCUCACAGCAAUGUGUGACAAAAAUCUCAGCACAUUAAUGAUCAGCUCAAAGGUUGAACCUUUCUCCACAAGCAAAAAUGUCAAAAUUUAUUUUAAAAAUUUCCCAAUUUCACAUGUUUUAAUGUAGGAAGUCCUACACUAUAAAUCAUUUAAAAGCGUCAGUCUUUUAUUUCAGGCGCUUGACGCGUUUCAAAUGCGCUGUUUCCUCUGGUCUGUCCAGCAGGCGGCACUAUUCCCUUUCUCGUGCUCAGGUGAAGACUCCGCCAUUUUGAAUUCAGAAGUCGUUGCUGGGCAACUCCAGAAAAAUGACAGAGCUGCACCAAGUGGUAGCAGCGGGAGAUUAUGAGAAGGUGAAGGAGAUACUGAAACAUCCGAAAUGCAAUCCCAAUGUUAAAGACGUCGACUGGAGCUGCAAAACCCCUCUGCACUGGGCAGCAGCUAAUGGAGAUACAGACAUCAUCAAGAUUCUCCUAGAGAAUGGAGCCAAUCCGUGUCUGAGGACAGUGCACGGAUGGACCCCUGCCCACUAUGCUGCAGAGUCCGGUCAUCUGGCUGCGCUGCGGAUGCUGCACGUCUUCCAUGCACCAAUGGACAAAGAGGACUGCUGUGGAGACAAACCAAUAAGACUAGCCGAAAUAUACGGAAAAGAAGACUGUGUUCGAUUCCUUCAAAAAGCAGAGCUUGAGUGGCAAGACUUCCGUGAGAAAUUGACUGAAGAAGGCAUUUCAAAUGACUCGGAUCCGGAGUAUUUACAGCAAACCAAAGAAUACGAAGAAGACAUUGCUUUCAGAACUAGGAGGAAAACUAAGUCUAGGCUCGGCUUUCGCUAAAACAUCAUUUUGGCAUGCAAGUCAAGUCUUUUGCUCCAUUUCUCUUCAAAUAUAUCAACUAAAACUUGAAGAAUUCAA